AUGGAUAAACCGACUUUCGUCUUCUCCCUCGGUGCUUGGCUCACUCCCAUCGUCUUCGAUGCCGUGCGUGACCGUCUGAAUACCCUCGGUUAUCCUUCUGAGUGCCCCGCGCACCCCUCUAUCGGCGCUGAGCCCCCUUCCCUGACAUUGGAAGACGACGUUGCCUCUCUGCGUAGGGACAAAGACCAGAGCUUGCUGGGAAUGCUGGGAGGAAAUUAUUUACCCUGGAUGAAGGUCGAGCUGACCAAGAAAAAGGGCGACUACGCUCGCGCCGACGGCACCGGGGCCGUCGGCUGGCAGGACCUGACCGUCGAGCAGCAAGAAAAAUGGAAUCGCACGACAAUGCACACCUCGCGUGCGGUCUUUUCGGGUGAAACCACAUAUGAGCCGUGGCGCGAUAUCCCCUGCUCCUACAUCAUCUGCGAGCAGGAUCUGGCCCUGCCGCCAGCUAUCCAGGAGUUCUUUGCCUCAAAAAUGGGCGGGCCUGACACUACCCACCGUCUUCCGAGCUCGCAUUCGCCGUUCUUGAGUAUGCCUGACCGCCUGGUGGGUGUUCUGGAAGAGAUAGUGAAGGUAUAA